GUUCAUGCAGCAUGUUAUUUUUAUCGUCUUGAUAAAUCCUUUAGGGACCGCAGAGCAGUUCCCAUACUUCUUUCCUAACCUCGUCUCCUCCCAAGUUGAGCUCUGCCAUGGCUUCCGCCGUCACUACGGCCGCCAAUGUGCCACGCUCACGGAGUUUGCGCGGAGAGGAUGCAAUGGCAAUAGAUGUCUCGACAAAUCACUUCGGAAACGCGCUUGUUGUGAUGGACGACUUCGCAAAACCUGAUCACUCGACUCCGUACUCUCCCACUAAAGGAUCAUGUCAUGACCCAGACGUUCUGAUCGUCAACUGGGAUGGACCAGAUGACCCUCAUGACCCAUUCAAUUGGUCCGUAGGGAAGAAGUGGUGGACAGUCGGACUCGGUCUUCUCGCGAGCUUCAUCUGUUCUAUGAACGGCAGUAUCCUCUCGGUUGCUCACAGGUCAAUCUCUGAGGAAUUCGGGAUUUCUGAUGGGCCUUUCCCUAAUUCCUAUUGGAUAACCACGUCCUGGGGAGUAGGAGCCGCGAUUUUCCCUCUUAUUUUGUUUCCUCUUAUAGAGGAUUGGGGAGUUCGACCCGUGGUUCUCGGCACCUAUUUCUGCUUCAUGUGCCUUCUCAUUCCAAUUGGUCUGGCCCAAAACUUCGCAACGCUCGUCGCAGUUCGGUUCUUUACGGGUGGCUGCGUUCCACUCAUGAGUGAUGCAGUCGCCAGCAUCACAUCGAAUGUGUUCCACGGAGAUCGAGCCAGGAGUGUACCAGUAUGUCUCUACGUUAUGGUAUAUCUUGGCGCAACAAGUCUAGGUCCAGUGAUCGGUGCCUCGAUACUUCAAUUCCAGGAUUGGCGUUGGAUUGGUUAUGUAGAACUGAUUUUCACUGUCGCUGUCUUCCCCUUCCUUUUCCUCGGUCUCCACGAAACUCGUGGUUUGGCUAUCCUGCGAGCCAAGGCCAAACGAAUGCGCAAAGAGGGAAAGAAGGCAUAUACAGCGGAGGAGUCUGAUCAUACACCUUUGCACCAGGUCCUCAUGAGGAGCGUGCAACGGCCCAUUUACAUGUUCUUCACGGAGUCGGUUGUCUUUGUCGCUACCAUUUGGGCGGCCUUCAGCCUUGGAACGAUUUACGUAUUCACUCAGUCUGUCGGACAGGUAUAUGGACAGCUCUACGGUUGGAAUGCUGUCCAGGUGGGAUACGUCCAAAGUGCUAUUGUCAUCGGCGAGAUCCUCGGAACUGGCCUUUCCCUCUCCACCAACCGCUGGUACUAUGCUUCUGCUGCUCGAAAUACUGAAUCCCCGGGUACACCCAUCCCUGAGGCGAGGCUCUAUCCAGCCAUUAUUGGAGGACUUUUUGGCGUUACGGGGGGAAUGCUUGUGUAUGGUUGGGCAGCAUACCCCAACAUAUGUUGGGUGGUAACCACCGUCGGCUUGAUUAUGGUGGGGUUUGGAACUACUGCUGUCGUGAUUAGCAUUGCAAACUAUCUCAUCGAUGCAUACAGCAAGUACGCAGCGAGCGCCCUUGCAGCUGUUGGCUUGCUCGAGAACGCAUCCAUUGCUUUUCUUCCUCUUGCUGCAUCAGCCAUGUACACCCACCUAGGGUUUCAUUGGGCUAGCACGCUUCUCGGGCUCGUGUCUCUAUCGCUCGUCGCUACUCCCUUCUUGGUCAUCAAAUGGGGCAAAGAGAUCAGAGCUCGCAGUCCAUUCAUGAAAGAGGCUAUCAUAGCCCGGCAAGGAAAUUUGGGCGCUAUAGCCAGCGUCUGA